UAAUAUAAAGUCCACACCACGUACUGUUAUCGUACCGUGCGUUAUCAGCGUGAAUCGCCAUUUGCUGUCGUUCGUGCGGUGCCACCUGUUCAAGUUAAGAGCGUGUCCGCCACAGUAUUCUGCUCUCAGAAUGGCCAGUGCAACAAAACAACAACCGGUCCACCUAAAACUUGACCGCUUUGGAACGGUUCUGCGCGUAACACUUAACAAUCCGCGUAAAAAGAAUGCCCUCAACAAGCAGGCGUAUCAAGACAUUGGGAACGUCCUGAACGCGGCCAACAAGGACGAAACCGUGAAUGUGGUCGUGCUGACCGGAAGCGGGGACUUCUACAGUUCAGGGAACGAUAUAAGCUCCAUUGUGGCGGAAGAAGGCCCCGUAGAUGAGAAGCUGGCGCAAGGGAAUACCAUUCUGCGCGACAUGGUCCGCGCAUUCGUCGCGUUCGAUAAGCUGCUGAUUGCGAUCAUCAACGGACCGGCGAUCGGGAUCGGGGCCACAACGGCGUUGCUCUGUGACGUUGUUUACAUGGUGGACACUUCCUACCUUUACACUCCCUUCACCAAUCUGGGGCUGUGCGCCGAAGGAUGCUCGUCGUACACCUUUCCGCUACUGAUGGGCCGCAGCAAGGCCUCGGAAAUGCUGCUACUGAACCACCGGAUGACGGCACAGGAAGCCCUCCGGUUCGGGGUGGUUGCGGACGUGAUAAAAUACGAUGAGAUUAGUUCAAAACUAUGGCCACGAGUUCUGGAGUACGGUGCCCUUCCGAUUGGGUCAAUCAUCACCACCAAGCGGCUACUCAAUCGUUUCCACCGCGAUCAGCUGUUCGAAGCGAACGAAAACGAAACUAAGGCACUGAGUGAACGUUGGCAGACGGAAGAAGCACUCGAAGCGGUAAUGUCGUUUAUGAUGAAGAAAAGCAAAAUGUAAACUGUGUCAUCAGGUGUCAAUUUGGGAACAUCAGGGAAAUAAAAGUAAGAA